AUGAAGCCUAGCAGAGGAUUGUCACUCACCGAUUUGGUCAACCAUGAUGACGCUCCGCCCUUGAAUAAUGGAGAUAACAAUGUAAAACAAGAAGAAGUGCAAGCUGAGAAUCUCGCUACAAAUCCAGCUUCUGUUUUGGCUCCAGGCCCAGUCAUUGUUGAUACUUUACCACCAGUAGAAGCUCCUGUUAGUACUUCCGAUACUGGUAAUACUAGUCAUACUGGAGCAGCACCUCAGACAGCAGUAACAGCUGAGAGUGAUGAGACUGAUACGGACGAUGAACCGGGGGAAAUUGUGUUUGAAAAUACUAAAUUUAGGUUCGAUGACGAAGAACAACAACCACAGAAAGAUAAACUGGUAAAGGGCACUUCUUCGGAGAAGAAGGACAAGCAAGUAAACGCCGCAACUAAGGAGAUUCAGCUGGACUCAAAACCCGUCAAAGAGCAAUCUCCAAAAACAAAAGAUGAAGGAGAUAUUCCCGUAGAGGAUGCGGAUAAAGCUGAUAAUAAAGUGGAAACGCAAAAAAAGGAAAACGGGAUCAAACAAGAAGUCGAACCAGUGGAACAAGAUGGUAAGAAAUCAGUGGAACCUGCCAAGCAAUCCAAAGAGGAUUCGAAAAAGGAGAAGGACAUCUUUCAGCAAAAGACAAGUAAUGCUUCUGUGAAGAACAACAUCAAGAAGGACUUGAAGAUCCUAAGUGAACUCUCUUCCUCUUCGCUACCUAAAAGAUACAAUGUUCCGCCUAUCUGGGCAAGAAAAUGGAAACCUACUGUCAAGGCUUUACAAGCCAUUGAUUCUUCAAAUCUUAAACUUGACGACUCUAUUUUAGGAUUUAUUCCAGAAGAUGACUUGACAAAAUCCGUCCAAGAUUGGAUUUAUGCUACGUUGAUUGCAGUAGAACCGGAACUAAGGCAAUUCAUUGAAGUGGAAAUGAAAUACGGUCUUAUCAUUGAUCCAUCGACCUCUAAUCGUGUUAACCCUCCGGUGUCCUCUCAAUGCGUUUUCACAGAUCUUGACUCCACAAUGAAGCCGGAUGUUGAUGAAAGAGUUUUUGAUGAGUUCAACAGAUACAUAAAGAACUUAUCUGAAUUAAAUGAAAAUAUGGGAAAGUUUAAUAUAAUAGAUUCUCAUGCCUCAGACUUGAGCUAUAGAGUAAGAACUCAUACGGAAAGGCCGAAGUUUUUGAGAAUGACAAGAGAUGUUAACACCGGAAGAAUUGCACAAUUUAUUGAAAAACGGAAAAUUUCACAGAUUUUAUUGUACUCCCCAAAGGAUAGUUAUGAUACCAAGAUUUCAAUCAGUUUGGAACUGCCUGUACCCGAAAAUGAUCCACCUGAAAAGUACAAGAACCAUACUCCAACAGGUCAUCGUUUAAAGAAACGUACCAGUUACAUCCAUAAUGACUCUUGUACCAGAUUUGAUAUCACUAGGGUGGAAAAUAAACCUAUUAGAGUCAAUAACAAAAAUGAAAAAGAACCUGAAUCUGAUACAACGUACGAAGUUGAACUGGAAAUCAAUACACCUGCCCUCUUAAAUGCUUUUGAUAACAUUCAACAUGAUAGUAAAGAAUAUGCAGCUAUCGUGAGAACCUUUUUGAAUAACGGUACCAUUGUAAGAAGGAAGCUUUCAUCUUUAUCCUAUGACAUUUACAAAGGUUCGAAUAAGCUUUGA